GUGUCGGAGGGGCUGAGCUCACAGGAGCCACUCAGCUUCUUCUCCUACUUUCCACCAUAAGACCAGCAACCAGGAUGCUGCUUCAGGGAAGACGCUCCGCUGCACUUUGUGCGGGACUUUGCUACCUUUUGAACGCACCUUUAUUGCUGGGCUUUAACCUGGACACCAGCCAUGUGAUCAGGAAGGACGGACAGCCCGGGAGUCUGUUUGGCUUCUCUCUUGCCAUGCACCGGCAGCUGAAUCCGGACAAACGAAUGUUGUUGAUCGGUGCCCCCAGAGCCAGAGCUUUGGGCAAACAGACGGCCAAUAUCACCGGAGGACUUUAUAAAUGCGACAUCAGCCACUCCCCUGAUUGUCAGCGCAUUUUAUUUGACAGUGAAGAGGACAUCCGAGUUGAGAACAAGGAGAACCAGUGGAUGGGGGUGACGGUCCAGAGUCAGGGACCUGGGGGAAAGAUUGUGACGUGCGCUCAUCGCUACCAGAGGCGCAUGUUUGUGAACACGCCCCAGGAGGCCCGUGACAUCACGGGUCGCUGCUAUGUGCUGAGCCAGGACCUGACCAUCGACGAUUCGUCUGACGAGGACGGCGGCAACUGGAACUUCUGCGAGGGCCGGGCCAGAGGCCACGAGAUGUUUGGGUCGUGUCAGCAGGGUCUGGCGGCCACGUUCACCAAAGACUACCACUACUUGGUGUUUGGAGCCCCUGGGGCGUACAACUGGAAAGGCAUCGUGCGCGUGGAGCAAAAAAACGACACCCUGUUGGAGAUGGGAGUGUACGAUGAUGGCCCUUAUGAAGUUGGCGAUGAGCACGCCUUGAACCCGGAGCUUGUACCCGUGCCUGCUAACAGCUACCUGGGAUUCUCCCUGGACUCGGGUCACAGCAUCACCAGGAGGCGUGGCCUAACAGUGGUGGCUGGAGCACCACGAGCCAAUCACAGCGGAGCCGUGCUUCUGCUGAGAAAAGAGAACGAAGCCUCGGCCCGACUGGCGGUGGAGCACACGUUGUACGGGCCCGGGCUGGCGUCCUCUUUCGGAUACGACGUGACCGUGGUGGACCUGAACGGGGACGGAUGGCAGGACAUCGUGGUGGGAGCGCCCCAGUUCUACAUGAAGGACAGGGACGUUGGGGGUGCUGUUUAUGUCUACAUGAACCAGGCCGGACGAUGGGGAGGGGUCACUCCUCUUCGUUUAAACGGGACCAGAGACUCCAUGUUUGGCUUGGCAGUGGAAAACAUUGGAGAUGUCAAUCAAGACUCUUACGAAGACAUUGCCGUUGGAGCGCCCUAUGAUGACGGCGGCGCAGGACAGGUCUACGUUUACCACGGCACUGCACGGGGAAUCAUCACCAGCCCGGCUCAGAUUAUUUCUGGCAAAGAACACAAUAUUGGACUUUUUGGUUAUUCCCUGGCAGGGAACAUGGACCUGGACAGUAACUCCUAUCCUGACCUGGCUGUGGGCUCGCUGUCAGACUCAGCUCUCAUUUACAGGGCAAGACCAGUCGUUAGCAUCCACCGAAAUGUGAAAAUAUCCCCACGGGAGAUUGAUCUGACAAGGAAAAACUGUGGAAACAACAUUUGCUUCACUGUAGACGCUUGCUUCAGCUACAAAGCAAACCCAGCAACUUACAACCCAAAACUAACUAUCAGCUUUUCUGUGGAGGCGGAUGGAGAUCGCAGGAAACAAGGCUUGCUGUCCAGGGCGGUGUUCUUGAACAAAUCCCACUCCGAAACAGAACAUCACUUUAACGGUACCUUGGACCUGCGAGGGCAGAAACAGGAAACGUGCAUCAAGAUAAAAGCCAAGUUAAAGGACAAUAUCAAGGACAAGAUGCGGAGCAUUCCCAUCGAGGUGUCAGCACAAAUAGUAGGUACCAAGCGUCACAAGACAAAGAACGGCCUCCCCCAGCUGAUGCCCAUUUUAGAUUCCUCUCAGCCGACUAAAGGAAUCAUUCAGUUGAAUUUUGUAAAGGAAGGCUGUGGAAGCGAUCACGUUUGUCGCAGCAACAUGAGGAUGGACUACAAGUUUCUGUACAAGCAAAGCAACCAAGACAUUUACACACCAUUGCCCAUCAGGAACAACGUGCCCGUGUUUCACCUCAAUUAUGAGAGGAAGGACUUGGCUCUGUGGCUGAGCAUCAGCAACGUCAACGGCGACGACGCCUACGAGGCCAAGCUGACGGGCUCCUUUCCCGACACGCUGUCCUACUCGGGAGUCCGCUCACAUCGCAACACGAUGGACAAGCAGAUCAUCUGUGUCGCCAAUCAAAAUGGCUCCCAAGCCGACUGCGAGCUCGGUAACCCGUUUAAGCGGGACUCCCAGGUGACGUUUUACAUCAUCCUGAGCACCUUGGCGGUGACUCUGGACACCACAGAGAUUAACAUCGACCUGCAGCUCCAAACAACCAGCGUACAAGAACGCCUGGCCCGCGUGAGAGUCAAAGCCAAAGUGAUGAUUGAGCUGCCGUUGUCCAUCACUGGAGAAGCCAGUCCUCAUCGUGUUUCAUUCGGAGGAGUCGUGAGAGGAGAGAGCGCCAUGAAGACGGAAGAAGACAUCGGCAGUUUGGUCAAUUAUACCUUUAGAAUUAACAACUUGUGGGAAACUUCUGUCAAAUCGUCCCUGCACAUCCAGUGGCCCAAAUCCACCAAAAAUGGCAAAUGGCUUUUAUACUUGGCGAAUAUGAACGCCAAGGAAGGUUCACAUGAUGUCCUUUGCACGCCGCAGUCCGAGAUCAAUCCUCUCAAACACAUCCAGGAGAUGUCAGUAUCCCGGACAAAGCGGCAACUUGGACAGAAGAAAACAGCGAGGUCAUUGUCAGACAAAAACAGGAUUUUGGCAUGUGGGAAGGACUUGCAAUGUGUGGUGUUGCAGUGCCCCCUGCAGGGCCUUGAUGGCACCACAGUGGAACUCAGAGCUCGUCUAUGGAACGCCACCUUUCUGGAGGAUUACACCUCCCUGUCGUCGGUGGACAUUAUCGUGAGGGCUUCACUCAUGCUGCACACUCAGGCCACAAAUAUGAUCCUCACGACCCCCAACACUGAAGUGACGCUGACGGUGUUCCCAGAGAGUACGGUGGCACAGUAUGGCGGCGUGCCGUGGUGGAUCAUCGUGGUGGCUGUUCUUGCAGGCAUCUUGAUCUUGGCAUUGUUGGUGUUUCUACUGUGGAAGUGUGGAUUCUUCAAACGCUCCAAGCAAGACGACACGGUUCCUCAGUACCACGCCGUGCGGAUCCGGAAGGAAUCUCCUCAGCGUGAAGACGGCAAAGUCAAGCUGGAUCCUUUUGAGAAGAAGCAGUGGACGACCACGUGGGUCGACAAUGAAAGCUACUCAUGAAUCUUUUUUUUUUCUUCUUUCUCAAACUUCUGAUCGACUUAUUUGUCUUCAAACUACCGGACACUUCAUUAGGUACACGUUGCUACGCCACAAUUGUCACUUUACAAAGACUAUUACUUACAGAGGCUCCGUAUUGGCUUUCUUCCCCAUACACUGAUAUUGUCCAGCACGCCAUUACUGAUACCGACACACAUGAUGCAUUUCACAAGUAAACACUGUUUGGACAAACUAAGCAUUUUCAGUCGACAACAUAGUUAUUGAAAACCAUUGUGAGCAAUUUUCAACUAACGCGCCCGACUAUCAACUGCAGCGAUGCAAAUCGGAAAGAUGCACGUUUCUAUGUGGCACAUAUAAAAGCGAAGUGUGAGACAACAAUCAAUGAAUUUAUAAACACGGCUCAUUCAGUUGCUUCCUAUUUUGCUGCAUGAACGCCUCGUGACUCUGAGUGAUUCUUCCUGUGAUGUGAUAUUGGAUUAUACCGAUAUGAUCCGAUAUCUCAUUUUUAUGCCAUCAGACAUGCCUAGUAGCAGUUUCUUUGUAAAUGCAGAAAUUGUUGUGAAGAUCGUGCAGGAGUCCAAGCCAGUAAAAGCAAAAAGAAACGUAUUUUUAUAUUUUUAUUCUUGCGCUCACCAGCAGUUGUUAGUCCUCUACACUGUAUAGAUGAUUUUUUUUUACAUGCUUUUGUAACUUUUGUAUAUAUUUCUGCACAUUGUGUAUUUAUUUUUGCAUAAAAGGAGCCAAAGAUGCUCAUUGUUUUGUCUACACUGGAGGAAGGCGCAUUUCAAAGUGAGCUACUGAUGUGUUGCAGGGGUACCGCCUCGUCGAAACCCUGCAGAAUUUGAGUUUUUUUGUAUGAAUGUACUUUUUUUUUUUUUUUUAGGAUUUUUGUGCUUUUUCAAUAACGUCUGCGGUGACUGUGAAAGCGCUCGCUCAAGAUGCAAUCAGAUGUUUUUGUUUUGUAAUUGUUACCCUAGUCUUGUCACUGACGGAAUUCUUCCCUUUGCGAGGAAACGUUAUGAUGGAUGCAGCGUUACAUUUUCAGCUGGAAUAAAAAAUAUUUUUCAACAUUGAAACUACUGUGAUGUUUUUUUAAUUUGAUUUUUCUUUAUAGUGUUGCAAUUAAUUUUGUGUUGCACUAAUUCACUCUGAAGACUACACGUUGUACUGUAGUACUAGGUUGGGAUGGGUACCUCUCACUUUUGAACCCACACGGGACUGAUGCUUGGCACCUGGGAAUCUGUAUUUUCUGUACUCCUGCGUGUGUUUAUGGCAUAAUAAAGGUUUAUUUGUUUAAUAAUAAAAUCUCGAAAUGUUUCAAU